AAUUCUUCAACUUCAAUUCAAACAGAUGCGAAAACAAGAGAGAGCGAGUGAGAUUUGCGAAGGAGAAGAACACCAUUUCCUUAGAUUCAUCGUCGUUGCAGACUCUACUAUCCCUGAUAAUUUUCUUCUACCAAUUUCACCUUUCCGAUUUUAGGGUUUUCCUCCAUUUUCUAAUUGCUAGAUUACCAAAACAAAAUUAACUUAUUUCAAGGUCUAAUUUGUUUAAUGAAUUAUUUCUGACUCCAAAUCCAAGUUCAAAUCUUUGUGUUAAAUACUUAUUAAAGACACUGGUUUCGGGAUGAAGAGUGUAUUUCAGUUAGAAAAUCAAAAUCUUCAAUAUUCUCUCCUCUCUUUCUAAGAUAAAACUCUAAAUUAUCACAACAAAAGUGCCGCCUGUGCCUGUCAGCCGGCUACCGUCUGCAACUGCCGCGGUGCCACCUCCUUGCAGCUUCCUUCGUCUACCCCAGCCACCUGCGGCUGCGCAGUGGCUAUUUCGUGUUUUACCUUCCUUAACAAAAACCCUAAAAAUCAAAAUUUGAUUUUUUAAGGGUAUAAUUGGUUCUGUGGAGCAAAUUAAUUGUGCUUAGGAGUUGUUUUUGCUGAAAUGGGUUCGCAUGAUGAUCGAGAUUCAGAUGACGAUGAAGAAGAAUAUGAGGAAGCUGGUGGAGGUAAUCAACUAUUGGGAUUUAUGUUUGGGAAUGUUGAUAAUUCUGGUGAACUCGAAGUCGAUUACCUUGAUGAGGAUGCAAAAGAGCAUCUUGAUGCACUAGCUGACAAACUGGGACCAUCUCUAACUGUCAUGGAUUUUGCAAGAAGAUCUCCACAGACACAAGCUACUGCAUCUGCCACUGAAGAAGAUUAUGAUGAAAAGGCAGAAGAUGCAGUUGAUUAUGAAGAUAUUGAUGAGCAGUAUGAUGGUCCCGAGAUUGAGACUGCAACCGAGGAGGAUCAUUUAUUGCCAAAAAAAGAGUAUUUGUCGGCUGAUGUUUCAACACUUAAGUUGGAUCAUAAAUCCUCCGUUUUUGAGGAUGAAAAUUAUGAUGAAGACGUGAUUGACGAAAAGGAAUCUGAUGCUGUAGUUUAUGAAUCUGAAGUUAACACGCAUCUUGCAACCGACAUAGUUAUGAAGUCCCUGGAUGAUGUGAACAUUGAGAUAGUAAACAACAAUUUGGGAAUCCAAACAAUUGCAUCACCAGUGAAUAUUGCUGAUGAUGAUGAGUUAGUCAAACAAGAAAUGGAUUCUGAAUCAAUUAUGGCUCCUGGGAGUGCUGCUGAUUUUAAUGACUUUCAUGAGGUAUACUUGGAAGAACCUGUAGUUUCUCAUGAUACUGCUGAUGCUAAAAGUUUGACACCGCUACCAAUUUUGUGUGUAGAAGACGGGGUGGCUAUUUUGAGAUUUUCCGAAAUUUUUGGUGUCAAUGAGCCUUUAAAAAAGGCUGGAAGGAGGGGGCACAGGUAUUCCAUCCCUAAAGACAAGUAUAUAUCUCUUGAUGCAUCACACUUGAUUGAAGAGGACGAGGAGGAAUUUCUUCAAGGAUCCUACCAAGUUUUUUCUAGAAGAAAACCGUUACAGGAAGCACAAGAUCAUGAUGCAGUAUUGAUGGAUGAUAACUCUAGGCUGGAUUUGUAUGAGGGAAUUCACAUUGCUUCAGAUAAAAAGAAAGACUUUUGUCUAAGUUCAGAACCUAUGAGAAAAGAUUUGACUUCUCAUUUUACUGCUAAAUGGAACUUAUCCAUGUGUUCAGAAUUUUACCCACUUGAUCAGCAAGACUGGGAAAGUAAAAUUAUAUGGGGCAACUCACCUACCGUGAGCCAGAUUUCUGUAGAGAGUUGCGAACAUUCUGGACCUGAUUUGGAGUCUAUUGCUCAUGACAACAAGGAAAGCAUGUCAAAGUCUCAUAAGCAACUGUCUGAUUCCAAGAUUAUUCCUUGCGAGGAAGAUAAUUUGCGUCAUGAUGGUUUCUUGAACUUCUCUGUUGAACCAUUUGGUUCUAGAAAUUCUGCUACUCCUUCCUGCUCAGAGAGCAUGUAUCAUCCUCAACUCUUGAGGUUAGAAUCUGAAUUAGAAAAUGAUUCCUUGAAUCAUUCUGAUACAAGAAAGAAAAAUGAAUCAGGGGAGCAUGAAGAGCUUGAUUUUAUGAAGCGUUUCAAACAACUUACGGUACAGAAUAAAGAGCUAGUUGAAGGGUCUUGGGUUGAGAACAUAAUAUGGGAUUUGGAGAAGCCAAUUGUAAAACCAAAGUUAAUAUAUGAUCUUCAAGAUGAGCUGAUGGUCUUUGAACUUUUGGACAAUAAAGACUAUGAGCAUCUACAGGCUCAUGCCGGGGCAAUGAUAACGACACGCUCUGGGAAGGUUGUUCCUGAAAAUUUUGAAGUACCUGGUCAUGUAAUGUUAUCUGUUGGACGAUUUAAUAUUGCUAACGACAAAUAUUACUCAAAUCGAAAAACAUCACCACAACUAAAGUCUCUUUCAAAGAAACGAACGACUCACAAUGUGAAAGUUUUGCAUUCAAUCCCUGCAUCGAAGCUGCAAACAAUAAAACCUAGACUGAGCAACAAGGAUAUUGCUAAUUUUCAUCGGCCAAAGGCAACAUGGUAUCCUCAUGACAGCGAGUUAGUUGUUAAGGAGCUAGAAAAGCUGCCUAUGCAAGGGCCUAUGAAGGUUCUACUGAAAAGUCUGGGUGGGAAAGGGGUUAAAAUCAAUGUGGAUACCGAAGAAAAUGUUAGUUCUUUAAAAGUAAAAGCUUCCAAGAAACUUGAUUUUAGAUUGACUGAAGCUGUCAAAAUAUUCUAUAAAGGAAAAGAGCUUGAGGAUCGGAAGACUCUUGUUGCACAGAAUGUGCGGCCGAAUUCAUUACUUCAUCUUGUACGCACAAAGAUACAUUUGUGGCCAACUGCACAGAGAGUUCCGAAUGAGAGCAAGUCUUUGCGUCCACCUGGGGCAUUUAAGAAGAAAUCAGAUCUUUCAGUCAAAGAUGGUCAUGUUUUCUUAAUGGAGUAUUGUGAAGAAAGACCGCUUUUGAUUGGGAAUGUAGGAAUGGGUGCAAGACUAUGUACCUACUAUCAGAAAUCAUCUUCAGACGAUCAGAAUUUUGAUAUGCUACGGAAUGCCAACAAUGGUUUAGGGACAAUUCUUUCACUUGAUCCGGCUGAUAAAUCCCCUUUUCUUGGCGAUAUAAAACCGGGUUUUAGUCAGUCAUGCCUUGAGACAAACAUGUAUCGAGCACCUAUUUUUCCUCAUAAAGUGACAUCAACAGACUACUUAUUGGUUCGAUCAGCUAAAGGAAAGUUGUCCAUUAGGCGAAUUGAUAAAAUUCAUGCAGUGGGUCAGCAGGAGCCGCACAUUGAAGUUAUGCCUCCUGGUGCCAAAGGACUUCAAAUAUAUAUGAUUAACAGACUUCUAGUGUUUAUGUAUCGUGAGUUUCGUGAUGCUGAAAAACGUGGCAUGCUUCCCUGGAUUCAUGUUGAUGAAUUGUCAGCAUAUUUUCCUAACAUUGCGGAACACUUUCUUCGCAAAAAGGUGAAGCAUUGUGCGGAUGUGCAGCGAGGGCCAAAUGGUCAAUCUUAUUAUGUAAUGAGACGCAACUUCCACAUUCCUCCAGAGGAAGAAUUGCGACGGAUGGUGACACCUGAAGCAGUUUGCUCUUAUGAGAGUAUGCUGGCAGGCCUAAACCGUCUCAAGCGUCUUGGGAUAACCAGGUUGGCACAUCUUACGGGUCCCACACAACUGGCUGCUCUUUCAUCUGCUAUGAAUCAGCUUCCUGACGAAGCAAUUGCACUAGCUGCUGCAUCACAUAUUGAGAGAGAAUUGCAGAUAACUCCAUGGAACCUUUCUGCCAAUUUUGUCGGAUGCACAAGCCAGGAUAGAGAAAAUAUAGAACGAUUGGAGAUUUCUGGUGUCGGUGAUCCAUCUGGUCGAGGUUUAGGAUUUAGUUAUGUGCGUAUUGCAGCAAAGCCUCCUUUGUCGAAUGCUGUGGUGAAGAAGAAGCCGACUGUCCCUCGUGGUACUACAGUCACUGGGACAGAUGCUGAUCUACGCAGAUUGAGCAUGGAAGCUGCUAGAGAGGUUCUUCUGAAAUUUAGUAUACCUGAGGAGCAGAUUGAAAAACUAUCUCGUUGGCAUCGAAUUGCAUUGAUACGCAAGCUGUCAAGUGAGCAGGCCGCUUCAGGAGUCAAGGUUGAUCCAACAACUAUUAGUAAAUAUGCACGAGGCCAACGAAUGUCAUUUCUCCAGCUUCAGCAGCAGACUCGAGAGAAAUGUCAGGAAAUUUGGGAUCGGCAAAUUCAAUCCCUUUCAGCUCCCGAUGGUGAUGAAAAUGAGAGCGACUCCGAAGCAAAUAGUGAUUUGGAUUCUUUUGCUGGAGAUCUAGAAAAUUUACUUGACGCAGAAGAAGGCGAGGAAGGCGGCGACAGAAACUUGGAGGUGAAAAAUUACAAAUCUGACGGAGUUAAGGGGCUUAAGAUGAGACGGCAUCCAUCUCAAGCUCGGUUGGAAGAGGAAAUAGAAGAUAAAACAGCUGAAGCUGCAGAGCUGUGCAGGUUUCUCCUGGAUGAUGACGGAGCUGUUUGGAAGAAGAAGAAGAAACCCAAGCCUAGUGGAGAGGCGAUUGGACGAGGCCCCCAAUUGAGUUUUGGUUUGGAAAAUGUAGAGCGAGUCAAAAAGGCUAAUAGUAUGGUGAAGCCUACAGAUAGACCUGUUGUACCAGAUCGUCCAGUAAUGGGAAAGCAGAAUGCUGAUGUAGAGGAGGUUGAAAAGAUGCAAUCAAAAAAACCAAUGUCAACAAAGGCAAAAUCAGGCAAAAAGAAUGAGGCGUUUCCGGUGGAUCUACUAAAUAAAAAAGUAAAAAUAAUGACGGCCGAUCGGACCAAGGAGGUAUUUAAAGAAAAGAAACCAGCUAGAGAGACUUUUGUUUGUGGUGCAUGUGGACAGCUUGGCCACAUGCGGACCAACAAAAACUGCCCCAAAUAUGGGGAAGAUCCAGAACCUCAAGUAAACAACCUAGAUCAAGAAAAGGGCAUUGCUAAACCUAUAUCUCAAGAUCUCCCUUCUCAGUUGCAGCAGAAGAUUUCAUCUAAGAAGCUUGUGGCAAAAAAUGUGACAAAAGCUGUUCAAAUUGAAGCCCCUGAAGGGGAAAAGUCUAGUUCCAAGACCAAGAUUUUGAAAGUCAAAUAUGCCUCUGCUGAUAAGGUUCCUGAUAAAGCUACUUUGGUUCCAUUGCCAAGUUUGGAGCAGCCAAGCACAUCUGAAGUUGAAGGAAGUAAAUCUGCUCCUAAAGUUAUUAAAAUAAUUAGCAACAAAAUAAAGCCUGAUGAUGUUCAGGCUGAAUCUGCGAAGCUCAAUGUUAUUAUACGGCCACCAACUGAAACGGGCAAAGAGCAUCUUCAUAAAAAAAUCACUAUUAAACAACCAAAGGAAGUCGUUAAUAUAGACCAUUCAAGCCAAGAAGGUCCUGAUUUUGAGCACAGGAAGACUAGGAAGAUGAUUGAAUUGACAGGUUUUGGAGUGAACAGACAAUGUGAUAGCAAGUCUUUGAGUGAGGAAGUGUUGAGAAAGAAGAACAAAGAAGCUAAAAGAAUUUGGGAGGAGGAAGAGAGGAGGAGAAAUUUUGAAAGAACUCGAGAAGAAAAUGCAAGACGUUAUGAGGAAGAAUUAAGUAUGCUAAAAGAGCAAGAUAGAAUGGCUGAUCUGAGAAAUUAUGAAGAAGAAAUACGUAGAGAAAGGGAAGAAGAAGAAUGGCAGAAAGCCAACAAGAAGAAAAAGAAGAAGAAGACGAUGGUGUUGAAAGAUGAAUACUUGGAUGAUUUUCCAAUAAAAAGAAAUAACAGACUUGUGCCGGAGAGGGAUAGAAGUACCAAGAGGAAGACCAUUGUUGACUUGGGGAGGUAUGGUGCUGAGUUUGUUCCACCAACUAAGCGGCGUAGAGGGGGAGAGGUUGGCUUGGCUAAUAUCCUGGAGGGCAUUGUUGAUACUCUAAAAGAGAGAAUUGAUAUAUCAUAUCUUUUCUUAAAACCCGUGUCUAAGAAGGAGGCUCCUGACUAUCUGAACAUAGUUGAGCGUCCGAUGGACCUUUCUACUAUAAGGGAUAAGGUUAGACGGCUUGAGUACAAGGACAGGAACGACUUCCGCCAUGAUGUGUGGCAAAUUGCUUAUAAUGCGCACUUGUACAAUGAUGGGAGAAAUCCGGGCAUCCCACCCCUCGCAGAUCAGCUUUUAGAGAUUUGUGAUUACAUGUUAGACUUAAAUUCUGAUAGCUUAAAAGAAGCCGAAUCUGGUAUCAGUGAUUUGUGAUAGAUAUAAUUCUUGUUUGUUGUAGUAUAUACCAAUUUUCUCAUGAUUUGUGAUUAAAUUCCGUAGGCUUUAAGUACCUUGGUAGAGUAUGCUCGAAACCUUGUAAAUAAUUUGUUGAGUAGAUAGAAGCCUUAGGUACUGUAGGUCUGUACAACUUGCAUCUUUCCAGUACAUAUUCCAAUAAUCCCAGUAUUUUUUUCAUUUAUUCAACUUUAAACAGUGCAGAGGCACUGUUGUGUUGUGUUGGAGAUUAGUUUCUACAGAAACUUGGAACAAAUUGUUCUUUUUUUAUUUAUCUUUAAAUAGAAUUCACUAUACGCAAUCU